AUGUAUUUCAAUUGAACAUGCAAAUAGAGACCGCUCGCGCGAAUCGGUUUUAGGUUUCGAGUAAGAUGGGAAGCAAGAAAUUUACCAUUCUCUGCUAGAUUCUGUCCUAGACAAGUCGUUUUGAGAUAUUUACUUAGCUUUUGCUUCGUUCGCUUAGCUUGCUUUGAACCACUGUUAUUUCACUUGUGUAAUAAUGGUCUUUUACGGCAACAAGUUCAGCGGGAACUGUGUGAUGAAUACCCUGGAGGGUACUCGUUGUAGGAGGAAGGCACCCCUGCCUGUUGAUGAACCGGAGGAGUGCUGGCAACACCGACAACAGCCAGCCGAGGUCCAGUGCUCUGCACAUAUUGGGCUUCAUGGGAAUGGCAGACGUUGCAGCCGGCGUGGACGUCACUCGCUAGACGAAAACGCUGUUGAACUCUACUGCACGCAACACGUCAACAAGUUGCAUCGCGAGAACGGUCGUGCGGAGGUCGUUCCUGCUCAUCGCCAACAGCAGGAUGAACAGCGUAGGAGGGCGGAGGAGCGUGAGCAACUCCACCCGAGACGAAGGUCACCGCGUCUGGUAGAGCGAGAGAUCGCAGCUGCCGCCGCUGUUCAACUCGCCGCGGAGAGAGAGCAACGUCGUGCCGCCAAUCGGGCAAACCAGAACCUGCGGAGGUCGGCCCGGAUUGCCGCGAGGCGAGGCAAUGUGUGAUUGUAGCCUGGACUGAUUCGCAGAAGCAGCAGGGGGGAGACCGAGGGGGGAUACUGGGUCGAACACUGCUGAGGUUCUCGGGACGUAAACGCCUUGCUAUAGGAGUAGUAGGGAGGAAGCCGAGACGGGUAGUGCAUGGUCACUCAAAACCAGACCCGCUGUACUAUCGUAGUCAAGAAAGACUGGGUGUGGUCAGUCGAGGUAGACGCCGGAGGCCAUUCCCUUUCUUUGACCGCCUGUAAAUUAUUCCAAGAAGAUCAGGCCUCACCGUGGGACGCGCACACACGUCGUAAGUAUGCAGGUAUUUCAAUGUCUACCUUGUGAUAAUAUAUUCCUACUCACCAGAUCAGUUUACCCAAUACCUCCUAAUAGAAGUCAUGUAUACUUUUGAGGUUUGACAUGUAGGUUAUUACAUUGAGAAUUUGUGAAUAUUUGGCUGAAAAUCUUUUUUAAUAUACGUUAUAUUGUUAUAAGGGUUCAGAAGUUGUCUUUUUUUGUAAGUUUAGUUAUUGGUUUUGCAAUCAUCCAUCUCAUAAAAGUAGUUGUACUGAUAUUUCAAUGUGUAUUAUUUAUUGUUAUAAAAUUUAGUGUUGAGUUUAUAAAGGUUAAGCUUAAAUUAUUAAUAUGACCUACUCGGUGAUUAAUGAGCAAUGUGUAAUUUAAAAUGUGUUCAAUUGACCUAUGCUUUAUGUACUGUAUAUAGUUAUUAGCCAUGUGAAGUAAAAAAUUCCACGUAAUGUGGACAAUAAAACAAAUCAACAAAUCAAAUCAAUGUAUCUUGUUGUAAGAGCUAGACUUGGCAGGAGCUGUCCAAUUACCCAGUUUGUAAUUAGCACCAAAUAACCACUAAAUAUAUAUCUGAACAUGGAGAGGCCUAAUAGGGAUUGUAGAACUUGAGGAGUCACAUGAAUGCCAUUUAUCUCCAGUUAGAGAUGCAAAACUUUACCUGUGUAUGAUGAAAUAUCAUACUGGUGCAUAAAAUAAAAUGAAUGUUUGAACAUGUAACCAGUAUUUUUCUCAGUUUGCACAUUUUUUAAAACCAAAUUUUCAAACUGCAAUUACAAACUGGCCUAUUAUAGGAUGUGUACUGUUAAUGUACUUGUAGACAGAAUGUUCUUUCAUGUGGAAUGCACGAAAGAAUAAGAAAAAAAGAUGCCAACAAUUAAUCAUGAACUUACAAAAAUGGUUGCAAACUAAUGAUAAAAUACAAUUAAAAAAUAUGAAAUUUAAAAUUUAAAAAGAGACGUUAAAUGAAAAACAAAAUAAGAUGGACAAAAUAAUUAAAUUGAAUAGAACACAUUCUUUUUAUUAAAAAAAGGUUUAAAAUUAAGUUUAAAAAAGGAUGUGUGUUUCCUUCAAAGUCGAGACGAGUUACACGGGAAAACACUAAAACCAUUAUAAUCCUUUAGCAUUAGUGAUCAUAAAAUUCUUGGUAAAGAUUUCCAGUCCCUUAAAAGAAACAACUGAAAUCUCAUCUUCUCCCAUUUGCAAUUACUUUUAUUUAAUCCUAUUUUCUUAUACAUUAUAUACAUGUUAUGCAUAUGUAGGUUCUACUCAUAUACCGGUAAAGCAAAUCCCCUUCUGUUUCUCUAUUUGUAGUGGAUUAUUCUCAAUCCUAUCUUUUAAAGGGGUGCAUUUUCCUGACAUGUUACCAAUUCGAAGAAGAAACACAAAAUCACAUAUGAAGAAAUAAAUCACCUUUAUGUGGCUGGGGUAAAAAACAAAAUUAAAUUUAGUUUAUUAUUCAUAUUUACUAGAGGACAUAUUAAGCAUUAUAUCAGACAAAAAAUACAUCGUGUUCACUAUUUUCAGGUAUACAGCACCUGUAAAUCCCAUGUGUGUUUUCUAAUAGGAUUUGUUAGACUCUCUGUGAAAUGAAUAGUUUUUUUCCUUCUCUUAUCUUUCCAGUUUGUAUCUUAAUCAUAUAUAAUUGCUUUUAUUGUGGGAUGUUUUGAUUUUUCUUAUGGUAGGAUAGGACUCCUUUAAAAUAUAAUAAAGAUGUAAUAUAUAGCUUUUUCUACUUUUCUUCUCAAGUCUCCACUAAUAUAAAUUAAUGUUUUAAUACAGUAGGCUCUACUUCAAAUGUGUAAUACCUAAUCAUUCUCAGUAUUGUUUAGCAGCUGUUUAUCUUGUCCAAUGUUCUCUCUGGUUUACCCUUCUCUCCAUUGCAGCAGGGAUGUUUCUCGAUAUUGUAGAAUUCUCUUGAUAGCUCUUUACAUCUUCUAAGAGUAUUGAAUCUUUCUUUCAAUAGGAGAAUAUCGUAUGUCAUUCACAA